GUGGGCGGGGCCAGAACUCGGAGGUGUUUCGGUUGGGUGGGUUUCACGGCUCCACUAAAACCCGCUGCCAACAAGGAAGCUAUAGCUGGAGCAGCACGUAUGGUCGACUGCAGCGUUUUUAAUCACAGCUAGCAAGCGGAUUUUUUUUUCCCAGCUCAAUUUGUUUAUCGUGAGGUGAGCGGGUCAACAUGUCUUCGAUGGACCUGGAGAAGCUGAAGAUGACGGGGGCUGGUCGGGCCGUCGCGGUGUUGACAAGCGGUGGAGAUGCACAAGGGAUGAACGCCGCCGUUCGAGCCGUGGCUAGGAUGGGCAUUUACGUGGGGGCCAAGGUUUAUCUCAUCCACGAGGGAUACCAGGGUUUGGUUGAUGGUGGAGACAACAUCAAGUUAGCCCACUGGCAGAGUGUGAGCAACAUUAUCCAACUGGGUGGGACAGUGAUAGGAAGCGCCCGCUGUAAGGCCUUCGCCACCCGCGAGGGCCGCAUUGCUGCCGCCUUCAACCUGGUGAAGAAAGGCAUCACCAACCUGUGUGUGUGCGGCGGAGACGGCAGUCUCACCGGAGCCAACAUCUUCCGCAGCGAGUGGAGCGGCCUGCUGGAGGAGCUUGUGCAGAAAGGAAGGAUCACAGACACGCUGGCAAAGCAGCACAGCCACCUGAACAUCGUCGGGCUCGUGGGCUCCAUAGACAACGACUUCUGCGGCACCGACAUGACCAUCGGAGCCGACUCCGCUCUGCAUCGCAUCAUGGAGAUCAUCGACGCCAUCAUGACCACUGCUCAGAGCCACCAGCGCACUUUUGUUCUUGAAGUCAUGGGCCGUCAUUGUGGAUAUUUGGCUUUGGUGUCGGCGCUGGCAUCUGGAGCCGACUGGCUCUUUAUUCCCGAAUCUCCGCCGCUCGAGGGCUGGGAGGAUCACAUGUGUGCACGUCUUGAAAAGAGCCGCACGAAGGGAUCAAGACUCAACAUUAUCAUUGUUGCAGAGGGAGCCAUUGAUUCACACGGCAAGCCCAUUUCCUCAACUUACAUAAAAGAUCUGGUGAUCGAACGGUUGGGCUACGACACCAGAGUGACGGUGCUCGGCCACGUCCAGCGAGGAGGACUUCCAUCUGCAUUUGACAGAAUACUGAGCAGUAAGUUGGGUGUGGAGGCAGUUAUUGCCCUGUUGGAGGCGACUCCUGAGACCCCGGCCUGUGUCAUCGGCCUCUCGGGCAACCAGGCGGUCCGCCUGCCUCUCAUGGAGUGUGUGGAUAUGACUAAACUGGUGCAGAAGGCCAUGACUGAGAAGAGGUUUGAUGAAGUCGUUAAACUGCGGGGAGGGAGUUUUGAGAACAACUGGAACAUCUACAAACUUCUUGCCUUCCCGAAGCCGGUCCAGACUGAGAGCAAUUUCUCCGUGGCUAUUCUGAAUGUGGGAGCUCCGGCUGGAGGGAUGAAUGCCGCGGUGAGGUCAGCCACCAGGGUGUUACUUGCUCACGGGCACAAGGUCUACGGGGUCCACGAUGGCUUUGAAGGGCUCGCCAGCGAUCAGAUAUUUGAGAUGAAAUGGCACAAUGUGGCUGGAUGGACAGGCCAGGGGGGCUCGCUGCUGGGAACAAAACGAACCCGUCCUGCAGCAAACAUUGAGAAGAUCGUAGAUAACAUCGCCAAAUACAGCAUCUCCGCUCUGCUCAUUGUUGGAGGAUUUGAGGGAUACGAAGGAGUUCUGCAGCUGUACGAGGCCCGCGGACACUACGAUGAGCUCUGCAUCCCCAUGUGUGUCAUCCCAGCCACCAUCAGCAACAACGUCCCUGGCACCGACUUCAGUCUGGGUGCAGACACUGCUGUCAACGCCGCUAUGGAGGGAUGCGACAAGAUCAAGCAGUCUGCUUCUGGCACCAAGAGACGAGUGUUUGUGGUGGAAACAAUGGGUGGCUACUGUGGCUACCUGGCAACCUGCACUGGUAUAGCUGUGGGUGCUGAUGCUGCGUACAUUUUUGAAGAACCGUUCAACAUUCAAGACCUCAAGACUAACGUGGAGCAUUUGGCAGAAAAGAUGAAGAAGGACAUCCAGAGAGGUCUAGUCUUAAGGAAUGAAAACUGCCAUCAGAACUAUUCGACAGACUUCAUUUAUAGGCUGUAUUCAGAAGAAGGGAAGGGUGUCUUCGACUGCAGAGUCAACGUGCUGGGUCACCUCCAGCAGGGAGGCGCUCCUACUCCCUUUGAUAGAAACUUUGGCACCAAGUUGGGUGUGAAGGCGACGGAGUGGAUUUCGGAGCAGUUGAAGGAAAACUUCAGACAAGGCCGCGUGUUUGCAAACUCACCAGAAACGGCGUGCGUGCUGGGCCUCACCAGGAAGGUCGUCUCGUUCAUCGCCGUCACGGAUCUGAAGGCUAUAACGGACUUUGAGCAUCGAAUGCCCAAGGUUCAGUGGUGGUCCAAUUUGCGUCCGAUGCUGAAAAUGUUGGCCAGGUACCAGACCAACUUCUGUGAAUACGUCCCUGGAGAGAUCGAACAUGUAACCCGACGCUCAAUCAGCAUCGAUGCAGGAUACUAGGCUCUCCCAAACGACAGUGCUGAACCUCUAUAUUUAAUAACUUUAUCUCUCCUUCUGUUUCUACAUGGGAUAUCGUUAACUCAAGAGUGUGUUGUUUCAGCUUUCUCCCUCCCAACCUUGUUCUGUGUGAUUUGAACUAAAGUAGUCCCUGCUUGCAUGUAAAUCCGCUCCGUUCAGAACUGUACACCAGCACCAUAAUGAACGUUCACAUUCCCUGUACUCCCUCCUCUCUGAGCUCCGUUCGUACAUUCGAACUGUCACAUUCCAAGAAUUUUUAGGACAUUUUUUAUUGGAUUGCCUACACAUAUAAUAAGAAAUGCCCUAAAGAGCAGAUUCCGUCCGACUACCUUUAGUGCACACUAUUUGUUUCUUAACCUGAAAGACACAGCUCUUGACUGAAGAUAGGAUUAUACACUCAUAAUAAACUACUGUAUUAAUGCAGUCUUCUCAGUAUCAUAAUAACUCGGUUAGAGUCCAUAAAAAUGUAACGCAAGUAUUAAUUUAUAACUGAAAAUUUUAUUACAGAUGCUUUUUUACUAAGGUGCUAUCAAACUGCUGCUACAAACAGACAACCAGGUGUGCCACAGACCUAAAGUUUUAUACAAUAACAAUAUAAUGCAUGCAAAAAACGAAUGUGUGUCUUUGAAAAUCCUAUAUAAAGAAAAUAAGAUCAACGUAGAGCCAUAAAUAAAAUGGUCAGGUGCCUUCAUUAAAAGGCAAUCAUGUUGUAACGCGUUCGUACAGAAAAUGAAUCUACCUAAUGUAUGUAUUCUUUCAGUGUUUUGUGUACUACUGUGACUCUGGGAUUCAAGAAACUACUUGGAUGUUAAUUUCUUUUUUUCUUUUUUUAGACUGAAACAAUGCUUUGCAACUUUUUCAACUGAACAAGUAUCAACAAAUUUGUUACCAUGUAAAAAGCUGUAAACUCCAAAACUUCUGUACUUUAAAGAGAGAAAUCUAAAGAUAUAUGAGCUACUGUUGUGUAUUGAGAUGGAUAUUGAUGCUCUAACUUCAAAUAAAUGUUAUGUGAAGUA